CAAGGAAUAGCAGAUGACACUGGAUAUAAUGGCAGGUGGAUUUUAGAGAGAAGCGAUGGAGCUUAUUUUACUGUUUCUCACAUGCUUGGUUUUAACGGAAGGUCAAGGUCAAAAUGUGACACUUCAUGGCCCCGCUGACACAGCACAGACAGUUAGCAAGUCUGUUGUCAUGUACUGCAACGUAGUGAAGGAGCCUGGAGAUGGUGGCUCCAGCAAUCUUCAGUACGACAAGCCGUACAUCGUCAACUGGACGUUCACCCCGCUGGGGAGUACCACGUCCCGGGUCAUUGUGAAAUGGACACACCACUACAACAAGAGUUACACCAACCUCACAUCUCACCCGGAGAAGUACCACAACACCAUGCCGGUCCAUCUCCAGAUCUCUGACCUAACCCUAGAUGAUGCUGGGACCUACGGAUGCUGGUCAAAUGUGACAAGUCCUGCCAUCAAGACAGCUCAGUUAUAUCUAAUUGAGAUGCCAUCAUGUCGAAAUGAAAACCCCGAAACCCAAUACAAGCAGAACAUCACCCUGGACUGCUCUGUGACCUUUGCCGGAGCCAAGGCUCCGCUCCUCUACUGGAAACAUGGCGACCAAGAUUUAAACUCAACGAAGACGUUGCAGAAUGCCACUAGCAUGCGAGCAAGUCUCCGGAUGGUGGCAAACAGCGACAUGAAUGGCCACAUCUACAACUGCCACGUCGCCUACCCCCAGAACUUGCUGAAUGUGGUGUGUCAAGCCCUGCCUGCCAUGAAGAUAUACGUGCCGGUGAAGGUGUCGCAGGUAUGGUCGCUGCCCCAUGUGACAACCAGCGUGUACAAGCUGGGAGCGGCCGUGGAGCUGCACUGCCUGGCCAAAGGCUACCCCUCCCCCCACUACUCCUGGUCCUUCGCCCCCCGUGACAACAUCACAGGCUUUGUCCGCCUCUCCAGCAACUCCUUCUACAACAUCAACCACUUCAAGCCUCGCGACCAGGGAACCUACAGAUGUGCAGCAGUCAACGAUAUAGAUGGCAUCUCAUAUAAUGACAGUCUGGAUAUCAAUGUUACUAUAGAUGAAAGUGCUGCCCUUGCCCAAGGAGGUGAAAACGCUGCAUACACCAUUGCCAAACAUGACGAGCGGGAGAUAUCAAAGAUUGUAGAUCACAGGUCACCUUUACAAACUAAUGUGACUUACAUAGAGCGGGAGGGCUUCCCUCACCACUCACGCAGGUUUCGCUCUAUUUUCUCUCCAUACGCCAUCGGCGCCCUCAUCAGUGCUGGUCUUGCCAUCCUCCUCAUCAUAGUCUUUGUUGCCCUUGCCAUGAGGAUGAAGAAACGUGAGCGUAAGAUGCGAGAGAAGAUAUCGCGCGGCCAUGAUGAGAUGCUGGAUGACCAGGAAGUGGAGCUUCUUGACGAGAGUCUCCAACACCAGCCCGAGUACAUGCCGUCAGAGUACUCUAAGCUGCGGAUGUCGUGGGAAAUUCCCCGGCGAGACAUCCGCCUUGUGGAGCAGAUCGGGAAGGGGUCGUAUGUGGAGGUGUGGAAGGGCAGGAUGCGCAAACAGCCCGGCACUAACGACAUCAUGCGAGUCGCUAUCAAGAAGCUCAUCUCUGAGUCGACAGAAAAUGAGCGUCGGCUGUUUGUGUCCGAGCUGGAGGUGAUGAAGAUGCUGCCAGCCCACAUCAACAUCAUCCGCCUCAUCGGCAGCUACACCACCAACGAGCCCUGGCUGGUGAUGCUAGAGUACACGUCGGAGGGGAGCUUACUGGCAUUCCUACAGAAACAUCGCCCCGGGCAACAGGAGGUGGUCAUCAACCACAGCAAUGAGAACCAGGCAGUCCGGCUGCAGAACCAGACCCUUGACCCCCACAAACUCCUGGCCCUUGCGGCCCAGAUAGCCAGCGGCCUGGACCAUCUUCAAAGGUUCAAGCUGAUCUACUACCGCCUGAAGACUGCCCGUGUGCUGGUUGGGAAGGGAGGCAUCUGUAAACUCUCCGGCUUCGGAUUUCCCCAGGAGGUGGCAGAAAGGAAUAUAUAUGAAUUGUCAUCGUCCCCUGUGAGGUGGCUGGCCCCGGAGUGUCUGGCGGAGAAAGUGUUCAGCAUCAAGACAGACGUGUGGGCAUAUGGAAUAGUUUUGUGGGAAAUCCUACAUUUUGGGAUGACCCCGUACCCGGCCAUGGGGCCCCAGGAAGUGCUGGAGAGGGUGCAGUCCGGGUACAGGAUGCCCCAGCCCCAACACUGCAGCCCCCACCUGUUCAACAUGAUGUCAGCUUGUUGGCAUGGCAACCCUGAAGACCGUCCGACCUACAGUCAAAUAAUUGAAGCUCUCACAGAGUUAGCUCAAGAUCACUACACACACAUCAUGUUCGACCGACUACCAGAUUAUCUAAAAACUCCAGAUGCUUACGAGGAAACUGUGUCUUGAAUGACCUUGAUCUGGAAAAUAAAGGUCAUUUGUCAAGACAGCCUCGUCAAUGUUUGACAAGUUUAAUGUCAUAAUCAUAUAUGUAUGUAUUCUCAAGAAAUUUCUUUACUGAAUGACCUUGACUUUGCUAUAAUAUUGACCUUGACAGUAACAUGGAGUCAGGGAUCAUGGACACAAUGUUUGACCAUGCUACAAAUGUGCUUAGGUGCCACUAGUGUUCAAAAUGCUGUCAGCACUGACGUGAACUAUUUCCUAUAAAGGAAUGAAAACAAUAUUUUUAGAAAAUAUUACUGUAUUGCAGAAAGAUUGUACUUUGUAAAUGACCUUCACCUCUGAUGUCUGAAACCUUGACCUUUAGAGGUAGUGUUUCUCAGAUAUCUCCUGAAAUCAUCCUUCAUAAGAGAUUGAAUUGAUAGACUUUGUCACACCUAAUAUUUAUAAUCUCACUGAGACAAGUUUUCUCCAAGGAAUACUACUUGCCUUUUAGUUUCAGAUACUGAGAUGGCAGCUACUAAUAGGAGGGAAUAGAUGCUACUCAAACUUUGAUAGGGAUAUAUUAGAUGCUGUUUGAAGAUGCUGUCCUACGAUUAGUACUUGUUAUAUUGUGCGACACGUUUUGACUUUUUUGUUUAUGGAUUCAACUAAGAUCUACAAUAGAAAAUAAGAUAACAAUAUUUUGAAGUAGUUUUAUCAUUGAUGGAUAAAAACCCGUACAACUUCAAAAACAUUAGGUCCAUGCUGACAGUAAUUUUUGAGCAUCUAUAAACCAGAACAAUUCCUUCUCUUACAGUACAAUAAUGUAUGUGUUGCCAUACAAGCAGUUAAGAUCUUGUAUCUUGACCAGAUUUAUCAUUCAACUCUCUCAAAACAAAUUCAUACAAAACUAAACAUAUCAGCUUCUCAACAUUUUUAUUGUUCUACUUUUGUCUGUCAUUGUGAAAACAAAGGUGUAGCCUUGAUGUGGAAUUUUCAACUUCACAUUUUCAAAGUCUGAUAUUUCAGUAUCCCUAUCAAACAUUGAGUAGUAUAUUUGUGGAUUUAUUAAAAUAAAUAUAUGCUUAUUUUUGCAUAUGUUGGUGCCAGCGGUAAGACUGGUAAUGAUAGGUGCAGAACCUUUCGUGAAACAUCGAUGAAAGAUGUCACACUUACCUGAGAUUCACUCUGAUUGAGAUCUACCAGCAGCUUCGGUUCAUUCAGAGAUUUAACCUAAGUGGAAAAAGUCGACAACUUGCUUCUUUAGAUGCUCCUCACACAUUAAACUGAAGAGUAGCUUUGAAAAUUAAAGUAAAUCCGCUAGUCUAAGACUUUGAACUUCCGGAAGGACUAGUGACAUUUCAUUGUGUAAUACCACUUUUACCAUUAAUAUCUUAUUUUUGAAUUCAUUAAGGAAAUAGGGACAGCUUCCUGUUUAUAGUCACGGUAUUUCUUCCAAUAAGCGCCCGGACUCUAAUAGGUGCCAGCCUCUAAUAAGCGCCAUUUUCGAAGCAGCUAACAACACAAUAAGCUCAUGGUCUCUAAUAAGUGCUGGGUCUCUAAAAAGUGCUGGGUCUCUAAAAAGUGCUGGGUCUCUCAUAAAGGCCAUGUGUGUUAGAUUUAGAUUACCCUCUCUUAAAUAAAUAAUAAACAUGCAUUGAAGUGAAGGAUCCCGUGUUUAGCAGCACAUGGCUGUGCAUUUUUCUGUAAGAGGCUUCCAUGUGUUUAUGCAGCAACACCUUAGUUGUAAUACCAAGUUCCAGGUCUCUAAUUACCGCUGAGCCUCCAUUACCUGCCAGGUUUGGAAACUCGUUCAAAGAAUAUGAAAGUGCCAGAUUGCUUAUUAGAGAAACUACGGUAGCUGAAAUACUGCAGCUGCAUUAGAUCCAGCUCAAUCUCUGGAAUUGUAUCAAUUUCCUCAACAUUUGAUUCCUGUUUGAUACUUAAUUAGUACUGAUACUAAAAACUGAUACUAAAACUUGAUGCUAUUACUUGAUACUGAUAUUGUUAAAAUUAUAUUUGAUGUUAAUACUUGAAAUGAAUAUGGAUAUUGAUACUGAUACUAAUACUUGAUACUAAUACUUGAUACUUAUAAUUGAUACUGAUGUGGAUAAUUAAUAUUUGAUGUUAAUACUUGAUAUUUAUAUUGAUACUUCAUACGGAUACUUGAUACUAAUACUUGACACUGAUACUUGAUACUAAUACUUGACACUGGUACUAAUACUUGGUACUGAUACUUGACACUGAUACUUGAUACUAAUACUUGAUACUGAUACUCAGUUGUUAUUUGUCUCCAUGAAACAAGCAAUGUGCAUUGUUACUUUAACAUCAGUUUUAUCCCUAUUUACACUGUCAGAGGUGAGUGUGCAUUCUGACUUUUAGAAAUAUAUCCUACAUAUGCAUUGUACAUAGCAAUACGCUUUUACACUUCACGUUUCCACACCAACCUAUUUGAUGUGGUCUCAUUGUGGUAUCAUUCUCAUUCCUCAGAAAGUAAUUACUUCAAAUAGUUUGUGAAUUCCACAGAUGACAUCGCCAUGUGAGUUUGACUAAAUUAACAGUGUGCCGGUUAUAACCUUUAUGUUAAUAUUCAGGGUAUGACUGUCCCUAGGUUUAAUUAUAUUCAAGUGAAGUUAAGUGAAGUUAAGAUUUUCGAAAAUUAAUUAAUUUGAAAUACAGUAAUUUAAUUAAAUUAUUUUAUUUAUUUUUUCAAUAUGCCAAAGACAGAAGGAAAAAUUGAAAACAUAUUAGAUGAUGUUGACUUGUUUAUUUCAAUGAAAUGUAAUGUCGAUCCAAAACAGCAUUUUAAAAAAAUAGUCUUGCCUGAAAACAGGAAAAUAUUGAUGUGUAAACUUCAUGUUCAAUGAGGGGGACACAUCUCCACUCUGUCAGUCAUGUUCAAUGAAAUCCACUAUGACUCCCAGAGAAGUACACUGUAUUCAGUUUCCUGGCUUAACUCUACUGAUGGCUGAAAUGGUGUGUAUGGUCCAAAGAGAUUACCCUGUAAUUGAAAUAUUUAAGAAAACAAAUUAUUGAUUAAGGGAAACCUUAAAUCUAAUUGUUUCUAACUCGCAACUUGCAAAAAGACAAUUGGGGUAGUUCUUUCAAAAUAUUUUCAUAAUUUAUUAUUUAUGAUUCAUAAUUUGUAUCACUCAUCCUGUCCGUUUUUCAUAAACAUGACCAUAUUCGAAUCUGAUAAUUAACUUAAUCAUUUCACUGAAUUUUCAUAUCAAUCACAUCAAUCUCAUUUUUUGCAGAGAUAUGAUGUUUGAAAUCUGCUCACUCUGUGUUCAUAUAAAAGUGUUUUUAGUCUUUUACUUCAGUGAAGAAUCUCAUUCUGAUUUUAAUCUUAUAGCUCAACCUUUUUGCCGAAUAGUAUUACAGUCUCGUGCAAUUUUGUAGUACUCUCAUGUCAGUAUUAGUUUUGAAUGCUGUAUUAGGUGUAAAAAUUGUGUUGCCUCUGUUUGAGAUUGUGUUGCCUUUGUCUCAGUCACAUGACAUUAUUAUAGUCACAUGACAUUCUGGUAGUCAAUGACCAUGUAGUCACAUCAAAAUUUGUAAAUAUGGGAGGGGAGGUAACUCUUACUUGUCAUUAAAACCCACAUUUACUGAAUUAAAUAGUUUUCUUAUGAGCUCACUUUAAAAAAUUAAUUUCAGAUUAAUUGUUUUUCAUUUUUGGUUUUGGAAAAAAAUAUCUGUGAGCUUAGUAACUGAACAAAGACCUCAACUGUAAAAUAAUCCCAUUGAGACAACCUUCCAAAUUCUGAUCAUUCAGAAUACUUGCCAAAGUUAUUCAUACCAUGACAUUUCUAUCGACAGAAACAAUAUAUCUACAGUAAUGACUUUUCCAUUAUGGAUGAUAUUGUCAAAAUUCUGUUUUCAUUUAUAUUUUGUGACCUUCAUUAGAUCAUGUCAUUAUAUUAUUGGAGACCCCCCUUUUUUCUUUGUGAGGUAGUCUUGUGGUUGGGGUGUUGCCUUGCAAUGCAUACCGGUAUACCUGGGUUUGAUUCCCCAUAUGGGUAGAAUGUGUGAAGACCAUUCUUGGUGUCCGUCACUGUCAUGCAAUUUCACCCCGCCCCACCCCUGCCCCACCCCCAUAAAACAUGUGUGUUUCCAGAUUCACCCCAUCGAUAAAUAAGGUAGUUUAGUCAGCUUCAAGCGGCUUUAGGCCUCACUCAUGGUCUCUUAACAAACUACCAGACCUAAGAACUUAUUUCACAAAAAUGAAGUUAAAUUUAGACACUUGUUUUGAUAUAUAUAUGUUACAUUCAGUGUGUAAAAUGACUCAGUUUACAGUUAUUUUUCCAUUUGUUAUAUUAUAACAAAUUCCAAAUUUUGCUCUAUUUCAUCACCAAGUGACUGCAAAUGAUAGGAUUGUAAAAAAACAACAACAUCAAAGUAUAUAUAUAUUUUGUUUAUGGGGAUGGGUUCUCAUCCAAGCAUAAUUAGUUCAUUGUGAUGUUUUUAAGCCGUUGUGAACCUCUUUAUAACUUUUAGUCAAUCUGAAGGAAAAAGUAUUGUAAAAUGACUGAAAUAUUUUGGCGUUUUGUAAAUUGACUCAGUGAUUAUUUUACUCAUUGACUGUAACACAUAUAUGAUUGUAUUCGCUCAUGUCAUGUUGAAAUGUGCAUAAGUUCCUGGCAUUUAUCUGCCAAUGUCUUCGCCAUUGACUCGCCAAUUUCUUCAGAAGUUGCUAGAUCUCAUUACUGUAGUGGAAUGUAAGUUUUUACACCAUGUAUAUUUAUGGUAGUAAAUGUUUUCCCCUCCGAUUAUAUUGAUGUAUUUUUCAUGUAUGUUACAUAUCAGUUUACAGGGAGUUUAGUUCAACUUGUACAAACAAAUAAUGUGGUUGGGUUCCAAGUGAAAAGAUCUGGUUUUGAUAUUCGUAGCUUUCAACGCCAACUGUCAUCCUAGGCCAUAACAAAUAAAUUAUAUGGUGUUCGAAAAUUUGAGAUACAUUUGUAAGUAAAGAAUUUAGAUAACUGUGAUAUUAAUGUUAUGAUCUGAGGAAUACCAGUAACCAUAUACUAGACUCAGCUAGCUUCCCCCCAGGUAGAGGUGAGGCAAGGUGAAAUGGGGUUUCAAAAUUAUUGCACUUAUAGGCAUGCACAUGUAUUUGUGGUAUUCAUCAUGCUAGCCAGCUCAGAUACCAUGCCACAGUUUAACAUGGAUACCCCACUCAGACACAGUGUACUGACUCCGAGCCGACCAGUCCUUGUUUUAGCCCCAAAAUGCUGAGUGCCAGGCAGGGCAACAACAAGUUCAAUCUUUUAAUGUCUUUUGGUAUGACGAGGCCGGGGAUGGAACAAUCAGAUGAUUCAGGUGUUCCAUCCACUAGACCAUGGGGGCGGUCUCAGGUAGAAGAAAGGUUGUCACAUGUUUGUUGAGCUAUGUCUUGCUUCCCAACAGCUAAUGUUUCAUGAUAACUCCAUGCGUUCUAGUCACAACAAUCACAAACAUCACAUUAUCCCAUAUUCACAUUAUUUUGUUCUUUUUUUCUUUAAAUGUUUGGUCAUGGUGAAGUUUUGUUCCCAAAGUACAAAUAAAAUAAUGACAAAGAAUGCUGCAAUGAAAUGUUUUUUUACGAACAUCUGUUUAUCAUUUUGCAACGAAUUUUUUAAUUUUGCUACAAUUUUAAUUUCAAGAAGUUGUUUUAGGAACUUAUUUUUUGUUUAACCCCUGACAUUUUAAUUUUAUUUAUAUUUCAUAAUAUUUUAUACAAGCAAAUACAUUUGAAACAAGACAAUAAAAUGGUCAGCCCUAUGCGUUAUAAAAUGUGAAUUUGUGUUAAUUUGAAUCUGUUUGAAUUUAAUGAUAUUAUUUGAAUGAAAUUGUCUCUGUGUUACUACAGCUGCUACAGUAGCAGCAAGCUGCAGCAGCAGGUGCUUGUUUAAUACAUGUAUAGAUGUGUGUAGUUGACAUGCUAGAGGUCACGUCCAAAUAUUCAUAUAUUGUUCAGACAAAACAUUAUUUUAGUGAUGUUAUAUUUGUUGUUCAGUAUUUGAAUUUGAAUACAUAACCAUCAUUUAUUAUUCGAGUCGGUGUUAGUCCCUUUGAAACUAAUUCUGUGAUUUGUGUUGAAAAUCAAACUGGUUCAUUAAAGAUGUUGAUAUUUUUUAUUGUAUACCACUCAAUUUUUGAUAAGGAUACUAAGAAAUCUGAUCCAAAAAUAUAUUUACAUGUAUUGAGUGAGCACUUGGGUGGCCCAGUCAUAUACAGAGUUGCCUCCCUUGGACAGUCAAGGACCAUGUGAUUGUGGGUUUGAAUCCAGAUUCUCCCUGAUUAUGAUCUGUGGUUUGUCAGCACCAUGUCAUGUGGGUUUCAGCAGCGUGGUAAAUGUGUAAGAUAGCAUCACUUCAGGCUUGCUGUUCAGUGGUCCCAAGACACAAACCACUCAUAACAUUAGAAUAUGAAGUUUGGUGUUUGAUUAAAUAACAGCAAUAUCUCUGUCAAAGGUUUAGUGGUAUAUAUGUCCCACUGUUUGCUUAGUUUUCAUCAGACAUUGGAACAUGAACAUGCAGAUGACAUAAUUAGUUGGUUAUUCAAUUCUGGAUAUUCGACAAUAUGAACCAAAAUACUUGUUGAUAAAUUUGAUUACUUUAAAUACUUUUAGAUAUACAUAAAAAUUAAUUGAAUUAUUAUUUUAUAAGACUUUGGCUACAAUAAUGAAAAACUAAAGUACAAAUCAGUAUCUGUUCUGAUCAUAUUUUAUCAUACGUAUUAAAUGAAAAGAAUCAAAUCAAAGAAUUGUAUAUACUUCUUAAAAAAAGUUAAGGACCACCCAUCUUUCAUAUGAUUAUUAUUAAUUUGCUAUGGCAUAACAGAUCAGGUGAUCCUUACCUUUUGAGUAGUAUGUGAGAAUUUAUAUAAAGUGUGAUCACACAAGUUAUCCUUUAAACAUAGAGAAUUUGAAGAUUGCAUGAGAAUACCCAUGAUGUAUCCCUGAAAGGGUGCAUUUAAAGAAUAUAUUUAGUUGUUUAUCAUUGGUUCAGUGGACAGUUGUUAUCCCAAGUCCUUAUACCAGACACAGACAUUGGAAUCUGUAUCCAUGGAAAUAUCUAUGCUUAGCUGUAGCUGUGAUUUAAACAUAUUUUAAUUUCAUUAUAUUUCAUUUCAUUAUAUCUCAUAUGAUUGAAAUCUGGGUUGAACAGCCAUAAUUGCUUACCGGUAUGUGAAUACAACUCCAGGAAAACAACUUGCAAUAGUAACAAAUGUUAUAUUUGGGAUAAAUCUUUCUAAAAAAAGUACAAAUUCCAGUACUUUUGGGGGUUGAGUCCCAUCUGGUAUAUCCUUCUAUUAAAGGUAACAAGGUUUGAGUAAACAAUAUGUAUUCAUGUGAAAAAAAUCAACUUUACCAAAUAAGUUACUUCUAUAGAGAGGGUCACUGUACAUUGAAACACAACUUUAGGCUUCUGUCAUUCAUGAUUGGAUUCAAAUGUCUGUGCCUUCAUUAUCAUCAGGCCAUGUGUUUGUGUGUUUGCUUGUUUUCAUGUUGAUUUACCAUACAUUUGUCCAAGUCUUUCUGUUGAAUGUGCUGUGAUGUAGCAACUCAAUAUUAAACUGUAUUGUAUUUUAACUAUAUUAAACAAACCUCACCUUCAA